GCGGAGCGUUCAAAUGAGGAUUUAGCGUGAGUGCGGUUUCACCUAUGUGUGCUGUUUGUGUGCGGUGUGUGCUGCGGACUCAGGUUGAAGUAGCUUGGUUACACGUAUAAUAGGCUACCUCCGCGUACUGAUACGAAAAGGGGGGGAAUUAUGGAGCUGUAAGACAAGAGCGACUCGGUUAUUCAUUCCCGAGAGGACAUACUGAGUGUGUGUUUGUGGUUAAACCUGCUGGUCGACGCCGCUCAAACUGCUGGGCGCUCUUUACCCGUCCAACCGGAGGAUCCGUCCGACGGACAAGAAUGACAUCUGCUUAGUGACCCGUCCCUGGUGAAAAUGUUUCGGCAAAGGUCCUCUGUGAUUACGCGUCAUUCUGCGGUUAUGGUUGCACCCAGUAAGCAGUCAGGAAUGUCCUCCUUCUCCUGCCUAUGACAUGGGUUUAACCCACGUAUGAUCCGGUCACCAUGAUAGCCUCCAUGGUUGCCAAUGGAAACCAAGAUGGGCAGUCUCUGGUCUUGAAAGGGGUGGAUCCAGAGACCUGCAUGAUUGUGUUCAAGAACCACUGGGCUCAGGUGGUGAAGAUCCUAGAAAAGCAUGACCCCCUGCGCAGCAGCUCCACGCUGCCCUCCCGGAGUAUGAUCAACCUCAGCGCUGGCUCUAGCGGCGGCCCUCGUUUCGGCCCCAUCCCCGGAGACGAGGCGAGCGCGGUGCAGAACUAUGUGGAGCACAUGCUGUUCCUGCUGAUAGAGGAGGAGAGCGGUCAGGCCGGCGCCAUGGGCCCUAUCCUGGAGUUUGUAGUGAUGGAGAACGUGAUGGAGCGCCUCUUUGUGUGGAGCCUCCGCAGGGAGUUCACGGACGACAUGAAGCUGGAGCAGCUAAAGAUGUACGAGAUGCUGGUGGGCCAGGCGCACCAGCCCCUGCUGCAUCACAAGCCCAUCCUGCGGCCGCUCAUGAUGCUGCUGUCGUCCUGCUCGGGCACCGUGGCGCCACAGGUCGAAGGCGAGCUGGUGCUGCUGCUCAACCAGCUGUGCUGCGUUCUGGCAAAGGACCCUUCAAUUCUGGAGCUGUUUUUCCACACCAGCGAGGAUCAGGGAGCCACCAACUUCCUCAUCUUCUCCCUGCUCAUCCCCUUCAUUCACAGGGAGGGCACAGUGGGACAGCAAGCCAGAGAUGCACUGCUGCUCAUUAUGUCGUUGUCUGCUGAGAACAAGCGAGUGGCCAAACACAUCGCGGAGAAUACCUACUUCUGUCCGGUUCUGGCCACAGGGCUGAGCGGCCUGUACUCAUCGCUGCCCACCAAGCUGGAGGUUCCCAACGAGGAGUGGCACUGCCUGCACAAAGAGGACUGGCUCCAGAUGCCGUCCCUCGUCCAGUUCCUCAACUCGCUCGAGUUCUGUAACGCUGUCAUUCAGGUGGCCCACCCUGAUAUCAGAGACCAGCUAGUUAGCUACAUCUACAACGGAUUCCUCGUGCCUGUCCUAGCACCAGCUCUACACAAGCUGACCCUAGAAGAGGUGAUGACCACCACAGCAUACCUUGACCUCUUCCUGAGGACGGUGUCUGAGCCGGCCCUGCUGCAGACUUUCCUCUCCUUCAUCCUCCUCCACCGACAUGACAGCGUCCACAUUUUAGAUACUCUAGUCAGCCGCAUUAACACUCCUUUCCAGCUGGGCACUGUGUCACUGGCACUUUUCCGCACUCUCAUAGGCUUAUACUGUGAAGAUGUGAUGCUACAGCUCAUAUUGAGGUACCUGAUCCCCUGUAAUCACAUGAUGUUGAGUCAGAGGCGUGUUGUGGGGGAGAGGGACUGCUACUCUGUGUCAACAGCCAAGAUCCUGGCGCUAACACCGUCGUGCUGCUCUCCUGAUCACAGCCCCCCGCCCCUCCGACAGCUGGACUCCAUCCUCUUUUCCAAGGGCGCAGAGACGCCCAACAACACCAGCACCACAGGUAGGGAAAAUGAGAGCUUCUUAGAAGAGGAUGAUGGCUCAGGUAACUCCUGCACCAUCGGCUCUGAAAUCUACCUGGAUGUCAGUUAUCUUCAUUACCUCUACGAUGCCCGUCUGAGCAUCAGCAGCUGCAUAAGGGCCUGCCAGGUUUGGUCAGCCCGGUACGACGGCGAGGACCCCCCUCCUGAGAAAUACCAGCCCGGCGUCCUCGAGGAGCCGGCGCUAAAAAGUGGACUUACUCAGAUGGCUUUCAAGAGACUUCCACAGCCACUAGCGCCGCGCCCUCGACCCUGCCCACCGGCGAAUACAGAGCCGCCCUCCAUCGCCCAGAUGGAGCUGGAGUGGGACGACAGCUACGAUGCGUGCCCGGUGCAGACCGACGAGGCUCCCGUGGAGAGCGAAUCUGCACAGCAGCCUCCUGCCGAGCUCCCAAAGCACAUCCAGGAGAUGAGGAAAACAGCCAUCAUGUUGGUGAAAGGCUCAUAUAUUGAGGAAAAUGAGUUCCAAGACGACGUCAUGGUGUACAAUCUUGUUGCCAAGAAAGACACCAGAGACGUGGAACGCGGCAGGCUCAAAUCCAACGGCUCUGAAUCGGAAGAAACCCGACCGGGCUCCGCAGAAGUUCCCCUGCAGAACGGACUCAGUCUAACACUCCCAUCCUCUGCGAUGGCUGAUAAAGACAGCUUGGACACAAAGAUUUUAGAUUUUAAUUCCCAUCUCCAAAUCCCCACAGCUGCUGAGUCGGGUGAUGACCUUUUGGCUCAGUAUGAGGAGCUCAUUCUUACUUUGGACACUGAAGCAGGUAAAAAACAGGUCAAACCUAAUGCAGAGUUGAAGACGCCUGUCACACCUGCAGAGGAGGAGGAGGAGGAGGAUGAGAUGGAUUUUACCUCCUUCUCUGCUGAGACACCAGAGCCAGAGAAACUGCAAUCCCCAUUUGGGGCCAAGUUUGUCAGUGGAAGUGCAGGUAGAAGCCAUUCAGCACCUUUUACUGGCCCGUUUGUCAGUGUGCUGUUGUCUCGUCUGGAGAACAUGCCGUCUAACUCGCUUCAUGUCAACUUGUUGUUGACGGGCAUCCUGGCCCAGUUGGCGACCUACCCGCAGCCUCUCCUGCGCUCCUUCCUCCUCAACACUAACCUGGUCUUUCAGCCGACUGUUCGCUCUCUUUACCAGGUACUGGCCAUCGUGAAGAACCAGAUAGAAGAGCAGGCUGCCACCAGAAAAGACUUCCCAGAGCUGAUCACUGCCGCCCAACACUGGCUGCUGGCCAGGGAGACUUCAUUCGUGGCAGCAGACGACAGCGGCAGCAGACGAUCCACGCACGGCGAGGCGGGAAGGAUGUUUAAGAGUUCGCCGCCACCAAAACCCAGAGCCAUCUCUCUGGAUCAGACAGAAGUCUUCGCUGCCGUCCUCUUCACGGAGUUCCUCAAAGAACUGGCUGCCAUUGCACAAGAGCACUCCAUCUUAUCAUACAUUCCUAUGGAAGAUUGAACGUGUCCCAAUAAGAGUCCAGUUUAACUCUGAAAGACUUUAAAAAGACUCUUUUAAUGAUGGUUUUCAAUUGUUUUUGUCCUUUUUUUCAGGCACUACUUGAUGAAAAAACCUCUCAGAUCCAGUGAUUUAUACAGCUAUUUUUUAAAAUAGCUUAUCGUAGCUUAUUUAUUUUCCCAAGCAAAGAUAAUCAAUUUCUCGUGCUUUUAAAUUUUAAUCUUUCUAGUAAAAUUCAGUUGGCAGCCAAGGAGGAGGCCCAAACUUUGUCCUGUUUGCUGAAAGCCUGCACCAGCCGACAGCGCUCCUACGAGCGAGCUCCAGGUCCACCAACCAAAGACUGUAGAGAGAUGAUUUUAAGCAGUCAUCAGCCCUUAUCAGAACUUCAGGACUCGGCCCUCUUUCUGAAUGUCUUCUACAACCAGUUCCAACCACAGCAACAUGUCCGCUGUCUCAGUGUGGUUCUGUUGAAUACUCAGGUGGCCUUUCUGGAGAGUUGUCGCCUCUUUGCCAUAGGAUUACACACCAUAUCGGAGCGCCGCGUGGACAUUUUGAAGAUGAACUGUUGUAGCCGACCGGCAGCAGGGCCGGCAUCAUCACGCAUCUAAACUUUGUUCUUAUGCAACUGUUACAUGACUAAAUGUUUAUUUUCUUUGCUCAAACAGGUGGGUCACUUUUUGUCUUUAAACUUUUUUUUGGGGUGUUUCCACAAAAUCUUGUUGUUUUGGUGUUUUUCUGUUUCAUGACGGUACCUCAGGAGUCUUUUGAAUGCACAUUCUGUUCUCUCAGUUCCUAAACAGCCUUUGGGUGAAGCAAUUCUACAAUGCACUAGUUUCUCACAUUAAUUUGUCUCCACAUGUUCUCCAGACCAGACCAGAGCAGAACCACAAUCAAUCAUGCUAUAUUUAAUUUGCCUUACUUUAGUGAUACUUUUUGAUGUACAUAUUGUAAGAAAAAAAAGGUUCUAAUGACACAGAUCACUAUGCAAAUCAAUUAUAUUUUGGGUAUAAUUAAGUUUUGGAUAUUUUCAAAAUGGGAAGGGGUAUUUAAGCUUUUAUGAGAGUUUCUAUUGCCAUAUUGUUUUUGUUUUUUUCCAAAAGGUUAAACUAGAGGCUACUUGUUAUGGUUUGUCAUCUUCUAUUUUGGGCUUGUGUAGGGUGUUUUAGUUGUGAUAAGUCUGAAAUAUCACUGUUAGAGUUGUAGUUUUGUAUCUGUUGAAAACCAUCUCCCAUUGUAAGGGUUACCGAGGGCAAACUGUUGCAAAAUCACUGUUCUUUUAGUCCAGGUAUUUCACAUGGUUGUUUAAGUGAGAUAUUACAAGAGCUAUAUUUUGUUACAAAGCAUGCCUCUGCUGUCUAAAUGAAUUUACCAGGAAAGAAAUACUUGAGAUGAGAGUGGCGACCUGUAACCCUCUGUCACUGAGUGAAUUUUCACCAUUGGUCGGAAUGAGUGUGAUGAUGUCAGUGUUGGCGUUACCCCAUUGGCCAUUGGUCUUUCAAACCGUAUCGGCGAGACUGGCCAACAAUCGGCUGACUGACUUCCUCAAUACGGGGUGGGUGUUGUUGUCGUUGUCUGUCGCUCUCUCUCUUCAGACACAAAUGAAUGUGUAGAACAAGUAGGCCUAUGUCAUUUAGGAAAGGCAAUCCCAGACAGCAGUGACACAAGGCUAUUUCUAAAUAAUAUAUAGUGAAUGGGCAGGUUUUAAUUUCUCAUGUAAAAAUUCAGGGGAAUUGAAACUCCAGGAGAACACCAGGGAGAGGGGCAGACAAAUUGAAAGUGGUUGGCAAUUUGGCAUUUAUCAGAAUCUGAACGUGCGUGCGCUCAGCCCAGACACAGAGCAGGAAAGAGGCUGUAUGAUUAUUAUCGCGUUUCAGGCAGUCUUUUGCGGUGUUCAUCCCGCAAGUUCAUAUCGCGAUCGAUUCAUCGGUCAGCACUACUAAAGAUGCACAUUUAAUAUCUACAGUAUAUUCACAUUAUAGACCCCACCGCUGACAAUCCCUGUAAAAAUGUUGCCACAAUUAAGCAUAUUGACCACACACAGUCCAGCCAUAUACUAGGUUUGACCUAGUCUUGUUUUACUUCAAGUUAUGAAAAGAUUUCGAGAUAAUGGACUGCUUCGACUAGAUCUCGCAAAGUAAAGUAAAACUACACAAGGUUGAUCAGUGUCUGCAUCUAAUGCGACAAAGAAAGAAUUGUUUCACUUUAGUUUGAAAUCUGGAUUGUGUUUUUGUUCCAAUUUGAAAUCCAUUCAGUUUCUAAUUGGUGCUACGCAGGAAGUACAUUACGCAGUCUUUGUGUAUUAUUUUAUUUUUUACAAAAAUGGCUUGAAAAUAUAUAUUUGUAUCAAUUAAAGCCAUUUUUAGAACUGUUGAAUACGUUUUUCUCUCUGGUAAAAGAAUGUCGCUGAGCACUUUAUCAGCCUUUUCAUACUACAGUGUCACGCUGCACUGCUGACACCUCAACCAGCACAGGUUCAUUCAGUCGGUGGAACAUACACAGCGCAGUAUACCAGUCACUGUUUAGCAGCAUUGUGGCAUGAAGACGGGUUUUAUAACCAAGAUUAUAGACCGGUUUCUGUCUCGGUGGGCUUUCUGACACCAUUUGGGCUCAAGAUUUCCGUCCAAGAUGUGAUAAGGUUGCUGAUGAUGCUGAGGCCCAAAGACAUGCCUCUUUUUAAUAAAGUCAACUUCUGGUAAAGAAAACUGCA